AUGCAUACAGCUUCAUCAUUACAUCAUGCUACUGAACUUGAUACUGAUAUUUGUCAUAACAUCGAUGAUUAUAUUCGAAUAGAAAUGAAAACACAAAAAAUUCCAGGUCUUUCAUUUGCCAUUAUACGAAAUAAUCAUAUUAUCUAUGGUCAAGGUUAUGGUUAUUCAAAUAUUGAACAUAAAGUACCAGUCAAACUUGAAACUAUGUUUCAAUCGGGUUCAAUGGGCAAACAGUUUACAGCAAUGGCUAUAAUGAUAUUAGUUGAAAGAGGAGAAAUUGAAUUAGAUAUACCAAUUAAAGAAUAUAUUGAAGAUAUACCAAGGGAAUGGAAACAUAUUACGAUUCGACAUCUUUUAACACAUACUGCCGGUAUGUCAGAUUAUCCUGAUGAUUUUGAUUAUCGUGAAGAUGUUACUGAAGAUGAUAUGUUUGAAUUGAUUAAGACAAUUUCACUUGAUUUUAAACCAGGUAAACAAUUCUCCUAUAGUAAUCUUGGAUAUAUAAUAUUAGGAAUAUUAAUUCGUGAAAUAACUGGUGAAUUUUAUGGUGAUUUUCUUCAAAAAAAUAUUUUCGAACCACUUGAAAUGAAAACAGCACGAAUAAUCAAUGAAAGUGAUAUUAUUUUAAAUCGUGCUUCAGGUUAUACACUUAUUGAUGAUAAACUUAAAAAUCAAGAAUGGAUUUCACCAAGUCUUAAUACUUUUGCUGAUGGUGCUCUUUAUCUUAAUAUUUAUGAUAUAGUCAAAUGGGAAAAAGGACUUAAUAGUAAUAAACUAUUAAAAGAAAAAGCAAGUUUUAAUCAAAUAUGGAGUCCAAUUAGAUUAAAUAAUAAUACAACUUAUCCAUAUGGUUUUGGUUGGGAAUUAGAUGAGACAGUCAAUGGAAUGCAUAUUGUUAAACAUGGUGGAGCAUGGCAAGGUUUUCAAUCGUAUAUAAUUCGAGUUUUAGAUGUGAAAGUAACAGUUAUUAUUUUUGCAAAUGUCGAUGCUGCUGAUGUAGAAGAAAUCGCUUUACAUAUACUAGAAAUAUACGAUUCACAGCUUGCUCUUAAAUCGGAUGAAAACGAAUAA